ACUUACGGAGAAUCAUAUAAACAUCAAGGUUUUAUAUCAAAAUUAUACAACGAAAUAGAAAAGAAAGCCACGAAAUUCAUAAUAAGUGAGGAGACCUUCGAGACACCAAGCAUCUAACCAUCGCCAUAUUGAAACGAGCAGCAAAAUUGCGUAAAAUUUAAGAAAAUCCACUGAAACUUUCUAACCAUAUUGUCCGGUUUCCUCAUCAAAUAUUUUUAUAAAGUUACUUUAUUUGUUAAUAACAAUAAAUCAAAUGAUUCUUGAAUAAUUAUGAAAAACAAAGAGAGCAGCUUCUAUCAAUUGUCAACGGGAGAAGUUUACCCCCCCUACUGGGCUUUAUUACAGCUGACAUUUUUAAAGAAAUGGCGUCCUUUAAGAAAAUAAAUACUAAAGUAUUCGCAAGAUCGGGAACCGAAUUAACCCCGGAUAACAUAUAUUGGAAAAAAUAUACUGCACCCGUCUUAGUUAAAGAAUUUGGACCUAUUGAUUAUAUAGACUUUUCACCUGUAGAACCACAUUAUUUUGCUGUUACUUGUUCAGUAAGAGUACAAGUAUAUAAUCCAAUUACAAAAUUGGUCACAAAAAAUCUUAGUAGAUUCAAAGAAGCUGCUUAUGGCGGCUCUUUUCGUAAUGAUGGAAAAUUACUAUGUGCUGGUGGCGAAGAAUCAGUUAUUAGACUUUUUGAUGUUAGUACAAAAAAUGUUCUGCGGCUUUUCUCCGGGCACAAAGCUGCUGUGCAUAGGACAUUUUUUACUGCAGACAAUCUUCAUAUUGCUUCGUUUUCUGAUGACAAAAGUGUCAUUAUUUGGGAUAUACCCAGUGAAAAGCAAAUUAUAUCUUUUACUGAACAUUCAGAUUAUAUCAGAGCUGGUGCAGUAAGUCCUAUUUCUAAGGAUAUAAUAUUGUCUGGUGGUUAUGACAAACAUAUCUAUAUGUAUGAUGCAAGAACAAAUAAACAAAUUCUUAAUGUAAGUCAUGAAGCUCCUGUGGAAAGUUUAUUAUUUUUACCAUCCGGUGGAAUAUUUUUGUCUGCAGGUGGGACAGAAAUCAGAGUGUGGGAUGCACUUGCUGGAGGAAGAUUGCUUGCAAAAAUUGUACAACAUCAUAAAACUGUAACAUGUUUAAAAAUGGCUUCGAAUGGUCACAGAAUUUUGUCUGGCUCAUUGGAUAGGCAUGUGAAAAUUUAUGAUUCUGGGACAUAUAAGACUGUACAUUCCUUGGACUAUCCAAACUCAGUUCUUAGUAUAGGAAUUAGUUCUAAUGAUGAAACUAUAGUAGCUGGUAUGGUUGAUGGCUUAAUUUCUGUUAAAAGAAGAGAAGAAGAUGUUAAAAAUGAAAAACCACUGCAUAAAAAAGUAUCGUAUAGACAUUCUGGUAAAAAUUUGCACACACCUCAGAUAGAUAUGGUUGUGAGUGAGGAUAUGAAAGAAAUUAUGUCUAAACACGAUACUUAUUUAAGAAAGUUUCAAUACUCUAAAGCUUUGGACUGUGUAAUGAUGAGCUAUGUUGUAAAUAAAGCUCCGCACGUUACGGUUGCGCUUAUGCAGGAACUUAUCAGAAGGCAAGGUUUGGAACAGGCUCUUGCUGGUAGAAAUGACAAAUCUCUUGUAAACAUUAUCAAAUUUUUAAACAAACAUAUAGGUAGUGUUCGAUUUGGAAGAGUAUUAUUACAUGCAGCUAAUAUUUUAAUGGAUAUCUACGAAGAUCGUUUGGACGAACUUGGAGCAGAACCACGAAAAAUGUUUACUAUCUUAGCGCACAAAUUAGCAGAAGAAGAAAAUCUAAUAUUAGCUUUAUCAGAAUUACAAGGAAAAUUAUAUGUAAUAUUGUCUGCUGCAGAGACUGUACCUCCCACGGUAGUAAAAGACAGUCACAUUUUGGAACCUUCAAGUGCCGCUCAAAAGAACCUAAUUUUAAGUAUAGCAUGAAUAUAACACGUUAUAUUGUCUCACCGUGUAUCAUAGAAAAGUUUGUACAUAUUUUUCAUAUAUAUUUUAAUAAAAAUUAAAAUAUUUAUCAUUAUACUUUCACUCGCUAGACUUUUUAAAUUAAGAUACUAAAAUAAAAUACUAAAAAUUGAAUAUAAAUAUUAAAUGGAUAAUAUGUAGUAGACCAAAGAAGUUUUUUACAUUUUUUGUGAAUGUAAAUUACAUUACAUGCAUUUGUGUUCAUAUAAUAUAAAUUAUCAAGGCGUGUAUCAAAGUGUAAUUAUAUUCGUAAACUACAGUUUAUUCAUUUACUUCAUGGUAUUUCUUUUUUGAGACAUUUUUGCCAGGCAGCAGAAGAUGGUUUAUUAGGUAUUACCCAUCCGAUUGGAAUUGAUGAUGCAUUACUAUCUGUACUUAUAUAUCUGUCCCAAGCAGUUCUAAAAAUAAAACAAUUUUUAGUAUAGAAGUAUAUUUAACAAUAACUAGUCAUAAAUAUAGCUGAUUCAUUUAUAAUAU